CCGUGAUCAACAUAGGUAGUAGCUACAAACCCGAUACUGCAACGUAUCGAUCCCCCCCUUAUCUUUAUGCUGGGUCCAUGGUUGCUUUUGCAUUUUCCUCUUCUUCCUCCCGUCAUCUCUCCCGCCAGUCUCUCCCUCCCGUCCCGCUCCAUUUUCACUCGCUGCGGCUUUCCACCUUUUCUGCAUCAUCCUACCACCUACCCUGGGGCGGCCUUGUUGGAGGAAUUGAAAGACCUGGAGGAACCGAAAUUCCACUUCCAGGGAGCAGGGCAGUACGCCGGAUACAGCGGACGCAACCCACUAAAUUCGCUAUCGUAACUGAACUUUUACAUAUACCGGGCAGACCUACGCGGGUACUGACAACAACCAACUGCCCUGCCCGCCGAACGACCAGCCAGUGUCCAGCCAGUGUCCAGCCAUUGACUGGCCCGGUGCUGCAGUGCUCAGCCAGCCAGUGAAACUUGCCGCUCGGCGCUUUUCCCGGCAUUGAAUCUUACGAGGAGCACCACAUCCCGUCGGCACCACACCUAUCAACCGUGAAACGGUGGGAUUGAGAGAGAAGAAGAAGUAAAGGGAGGGAAAACCACCAAGACAAGUGCCAUCAGGCCACGGGGCCUGGCCAAUUCCUUUUCCUUCUUUCUGGACAACAUUCGUUCCCUUCCACUGCCUCUCUAUCGUUUGAUACCGACACUUCAGCAAAACCUCAAAAUCAACUAUUGGCGAGAGCGCCAAGCGAAUCACUACAGGGGAUCACCGCUUCCAGCAACUCUUCUCCUCCACCACAACCCUAGAGUUGGUAAUCAUCCAUUCGCUUUCUAGGUACCUACCUAUCUACGCAUCGGCGAUCGAGUUCGUUGCUGUGCAAUUGCACGUUGCCCCCCCCCCCCCCCCUCCAACCCCCAAAAAGGAAUCCAAACCUAGAAAAGCAAUCGGCAAUCUAGUGUCGUCGCGGAGAACAUAUACAAGUUGUUGGAAACGUCAAGAAAAAAAAAAAAUACAACAAGAGAAGCGAGCACCAACUGGGGCUGCGUAUCGAUUGAGGUUCGACCACUUUCACAAGUCGCCCACCUACCACCGAUACGGGCCGCCAUGUCGCGACGACCAGAUUCCUUUCGCAUGUCGAGUCGGUCUUCAUUCUCAUCAUCAGCGUCGUCAACAUCAUUAUCAUCAUCAUCAUCGCAGUCUGCGACAACCUUCAAGCGCGCCGCUUUCGACGCUAUCCACCAUAUCCGGGCGUCAUUUGCAUCUGCGACACAAAAGCGCAGUAUCGAUCCCAAUUGUUCGCCGCAGCCGGGCGUGAACCUUUGCGAGAAGCCAGCAGAGGCAACCUCAGAUGUUACCUGGGCGAUAAUUGGCAGUGUGCUCGCUUUUGUCGCGGCAACUACCAUUAUAGUAGCAUAUCUUCUUCACCUUCGCCGGAAAAAGGUCCACCAGAAAGAAGACCAAAAUGACCCGUUCCAGAUGGACGACUAUGGUUUUGACGAAGCCGCUGCCGCAGAAGCAGCCAAGUCAAAGGCGAAUUUGUUCCGACGAUCCCAUCAAUCCUCUACCACUUCGGUUUCCACGCCAUCGCCAUCAAAACCCAUGGAACGCAGGCUGUCCUUUGACGAAUCGCCCUACGCUGUCGGCGCCGCUGCCGGGAUCCGAUCCUCUGCAGCCAUUGGGGGAGAUGUGAUCUACAGCGAAGUCAGCACUCCACCGGGCGCGGCACUGCCGCCUGGCGUCGGCUUGAGAGAAAGUCAAUUCCUCGGGGUUCCAGGAAUUGAGGGGAUGGACUUGGGUGGUUUCCCGAUGGAUCGGGAACGUGAAAGGGAGCGGUCGAGAUCGAGGGCCCGGUCGACUUAUUCCCACUCUCCUCACAAUGGAUCCCGUAGACAGAUGCAGCGCCGAUCCCGACCCUCCAGUGUGCAGAGCGCUCCAUUUACGCCCGGAAGCCUGACGCCAACACGAGGACCUAGACCGGCUGCGGGAGGCGACGGAGCCAGUGCCGCCAGUAGCAGCGGCCUUCGCUCUCCCCUUUCCGACGACGCUUCCUCUUCUUCUGUCAGAUCUUCCGAGAUGUUGCGUCCGCCCGUCGAUGGUGAUGUUGACGCUCUUGCUGGCGCCGAUAUGCCCGGCCCGAUACCAUGGGAGAAGGAUCAACAGCAAGGAAAAAUGGUGGUGGUGAGGGAGACGACGGUGGAGAAGAAGGGAAGCAGCGAAACAAUCGCAGAGGAAGACGAAAAGGCUGAUAAGCCUAAGAGCAGUCAUGGGAUCCGCGUGGUAGCCCCGGAAACAGAACGGGUCGCCAAGGAGGAGGGGGAAAAACCCAUAACCGCUGAACUAGAGACAGUAGAGGUCGGGAUGGAGGGAAAAAAGAUCGAGCAAGCGCAAAGGAUAUGACCUGACCGCGAAUUAAUGACGCGUACGCGCGCGCGGGGAGGAGCAUUUUGGAUGCAUACGGUGUAAUGAAUCAUUUGCUGCUUUACAGGGAAGGAUAAAAUGGGUGCAAUACCGAAGGGUUAAAGAUAUGUCUUGAUUUUCUAUUCUUCUUCUGUCAUGGGCAUCAUCUAUCUAUCUCUUGGAUUCCGCCACGAGAUAAUUCAUCAGCAUGAUGAAAGCGCUGCGUAGCGUUAUGCAUUGUUAUACCUUACUUUCAUCAUAAUGCUUCUUACAAUGUGUUCACUUCGUCACUAAAUGCAUGGGAAGAUGGACGUGGAACAUGCGUGCAGGGAGAGAGAAAGAGAGAGAGGGGUUGAAACAUCCGACAGGUAAAUCUUACUAUGAGAUAUUUGUGUAAUGGGAGCUUUUCUCUUUGCAGUCAUAGGAUCUUCAUUGAUUCUUCCUGAAAGGUAGAAGCGAAAAGGAUUCAUUUGCGAGUGUAUGUCGGGUCGCUAUGGACAUCCUGCAUAUCCACGAGCAAAAUGCCUCUG